AUAACCCAAGUACCUGCCAUUGAGCUUUGAGUUCUUACGUGACCAUGGCUCGUCAUAUAUUUUCUGGUUGUCUCCUAAUUGCGAUCGUAGCAGCAACAUGCGCUAUUAAGCGCGAGGAUUUCAUCAAGCAACUGAAAGGAGUGUAUCAGAGACAAGACGCGCCAUCAACGACGACGAUUCUGCCCAUAACUCAUGCAACAACUGACCCCGAGUUGCCAGUAAGCGUUGAAGCGAGAACAGGCGCUAUUAAGCGCACGGAUUUCGCCAAACAGCCGAAAGAGAUGGAUCAGAGAAAAGACGCGUCACCAACGAAGACGAUUCCGUUAAUAACUCGGGCAACACCCCUUCCCGAAUUGCUAGCCAGCGUUGAAGCAAAAACAGGCGAUAUUAAGGGCGCGGAUUUCGGCACACAGCCGAACGAGAUGGAUCAGAGAAAAGACGCGCCACCAACUCCUCCCAAUUUUCCGGUGUGUCCUUGUACAUAUGAAGACAUUUUCGAAGGAGAAAAGUGUAUACCUGAUGAGUGGGUAUGCGAUGGCUGGUCCGAUUGUUAUGGUGGCUUAGACGAACCUGAUACCUGUCCGUGUGCGAUGAUGUGUAACGAUACCUGCAUACCCGAAGGCUGGAUAUGUGACAACUGGUAUGACUGUGAAGACAUGUCUGACGAAGCUAACUGUACAUACGCACCAUGUGUUGGUUAUCAAUGUAAUGUUAUAUUUGCGCCACAAGGGUGUAUUCCCGACGACUUCAUCUGUGACGGCUACGACGACUGUACAGGGGAUGGCAGCGAUGAAGCAUACUGCUCCUAUGAUUUCUCAUCGUCUUCAGAAUCGUCCUCAUCGGAUUCGUCGUGGAUGUCAGGAUGAGUGUUUUCACGUAUGUGACGAUAAAUGCAUUCCAUUCACCUGGAUUUGCGACAAUUACAUCGACUGCUUAGACCAAUCUGACGAACCAAUGUUCUGUGAAUAUGAUGAAUGCUUUGAACACAAGUGUCAGUUACCAUAUAUGGUAGAAGGCUGUCUUCCUAAUGAAUACGUGUGCGAUGAUGUAUCAGAUUGUCUUGAUGGAAGUGACGAACUUGUGUGCGUGAACACAACUCAGAAUAAAUCUGCCUUCGGCAAGCAGGACGCCCUCGUUGGUAGAGAAGUCACCCCUGCAAACCGAAUGAUGACGAGCAUGGAGGGAUUUAACAACUUGUCCCUAGAUUAUAAGAUUAAAGCUAUAAACAGGAAAGCCCACUGGGUUACUGGCUCCAUUAUUAACGACGAAAUGAUCAAUACAAAGAAAGCAGCAAUAAAAGCAAUGCUGGUCGCCAAGAACACACCCACGUAUCCCAGAAUGGGUGAACCUGAACUCAGAUCCAGAAAAUGAGUUGAUUUCCCACGUGAUACAGUUGAUAUCUCAGUGACACUUACUCAUUUACUAAUAUCAAUUUGCUAUAUUUCUCUCAGUUGAAUAAUGGCUGUUUGUCGAUUUAGAAUAAGUUUCAGAAAAUUAUUCAUUGCAAUUCUUUGACACACCAUUUAUUUUGUGUUUAUUUAUAAUUAAGCGUCUAGGUGCAUUUACCUUGAUAUAAUGUCAUAGCUUAGAUUGUAUAAUAUUAUGAAUAUGUAUGUACGUUUUUAAUCUAUUUGCAGUGGAAUCUGUAACUAUGUUUAGUUUUUUUUAGUGUUUUAUUGAAUGUGUUCAUUAUAUAAACAUAGCAGUGUUGCUCUGUAGUGGUAUCAUAAUUCUCUCCAAGCACAACAUACAACAAUUGUCCGUGACGUAACAUCCGGUCUUCUCCAAGCCAGAAAGUUAUUGGAUAAUACUUUUUUGUACAUUGUAGUUUAGCUACGCGUGUGUUUUGUAACCUUUGUAAUCUUUGUGCUAGUUUUAAUAAACGAGUUUACCCAAA